AUGAUUACAAAUCUUGUUACAGACCGUGAAAACCAAUAUAUUGAAGGUCCGGAUGAAAAAGUCAAUGAAUCGACAUUUACAUGGCAUGCAAAAUUAAACGCUCUUUUAGAUCAAUAUAGAGCAGAAAAUGAAAUUCUUAAAUCUCAUAAUUACACUCUUAAUCAAUCUCAGCAAGCAUUAUAUCAAGACCAAGAGUUAAUGCAACAACAGAACAAUAAAUUGAAACAACAAGUAGAUGAACUUAAAAGAUCACAGAAUCUUAUCUUAGCCAGAUCUCAGUCGGUAUUACGUGAAGAAAGAGAACGUAUGAAUAGAGAACAAGAAGAACUUAGUCGAGAGUUAGCAAAUGUAAAAAUAACUGAACGGGUUGAUCAAACUGUUCAAUAUUCUCAAUAUGAGACAUUGGAUUUUGUUAGUGGUUUUACCUGUCAACUCUUUUUUCCUUCUAGAAAACUGGCUCAGUCACCAACUCAAUGUCCCAUCCAUCAAGGACAUCGACGGUCCAACAUACCAGUUCCAAACAAUGAUAUUUAUUCUGUUCAUGAUUGUCCAAAACAUCCUAUACUCAGCAAACAAGAUGGAGAACCAACCAGAAUGAAAAGAGUUCGUAUCUGUUCUGCUGCACAUUCAUCUAGAUUACCAAGAUUGAAUAUCCCUGGUCAGACAGUUAAUGUACCAAUAAAGCGAUCUAAGAAGCCAGAGACUCAAACAAAUUAUAUUUUAAGAAGUGCAGCUUACGCAAAACAAAACGUGAACAGACAAACAAUACAUCAGACGACAAAACCAUCAAAAUAA